CGGAGGCAAUAUUUGUAUUCAUCUGUCGAGUUAACUGAACAAACUUCUUAAAAAUUGGGUGCAGCAGUAUGGUUGUAUGGGGCUUAUCAAAUAUCACGGAUGUCUUACAAAAGCGUUUGUGUCGCUUUCUUAUACAUAGAUAUUUAAGCGAUUUUCUGAAAUCUAGCAUCAAUUUGGAACAGUUAUCAGCCACUCUUUAUGGUGGUAUUGCAUCUGUUAGCGAUGUUGACAUGGACGUGCAGAGAUUAAAUGAAGCGUUUGAAUCAAUGAAAAUACCAUUUACGGUGGUUGAAGGAUACAUCGGCGAAGUUAAUAUCACAGUUCCUUGGCAAUAUAUCCUUGUAAAAUCUGUUGAUUUGGAAGUAAAACAGUUGCAGCUUACGCUUCAACUUCAGCAUUAUGCUGAUGAGCCACCAGGAGAUAUAGUGGCGUCUAUGUUUGGAAGUGUUAUGGGAUCAUUAGCAACAUCUAUGGAACUAGCGCAGAGUUUUCUGAGUCAAGAGGAAGCCACCAAUGAAGCAGAGGACAAAGGCAUUGAACAGUUUGCUGAGGUCAUUGAUGCUGUCAUCUCUCGUUUUCGGUUAAUUUUCAACGAUGCUAUUAUUCGCUUGGAAGGUAUUCCCGAUCCAGAAUCUGGUUUAUGCACUGCUUUGGAACUGCGAAUUGAUUGGUAUGUUAUCAUCAAGCAUUAUUUCCAGUUGAUGAAAACGAGGAAUUUUUUGCAAAGACUUUUGCAAGAUUCUUUUUAA